AUGACAACAUCCGAUCAUCGCCAUUCGAAUCAUCACAAAGAUCUCAGUAAUGUGCACAAUGUUACCGAUAAUUCUAACUCAAGAGAUGCUCAAAUAGAUUCUGAAUUACUUGAAUUAGAAACAGCCUUAAACGAUAUCGAAAAAGCGAUGGAUAAAAUUGACUCACAAAACUCACAUAUUCAAACAAAAUUACGUGAUCUCCUUGAAUCAAAUAGACAAAUGACAAAAGAAUUUACUGAUAUACGUCGUGGUAUGACAAAUAAAUUUAAAGAUGUAACACGUGAUUUGGAGCAAACAUCUGGUACAGCACAUGAUUUAGCUGCUGUAACCUCAAACACAUUAAAUAAAAUUGAACAUGAAAUGACACCAAAGAAUGAUAAUAAAAAUUUCAAAUAA